CAAGAGUGAAACUCCAUUUCAAAAAAAUAAAUAAAAAAUAAAAUAAAAAAUAAAAAUUACAUUUGGCCAGGCAUGGUGACUCAUUCCUGUGAUCUCAGCACUUUGGGAUUUACCCUGUACCUAUUUGGGCACACAAAUCCUGUAACUGGGGGUAACCCCCGUAGGGAGUGAGGAGAAUCAUGGAAGUUAGGAGUGGUAAUUUAUUACGUAUGUGGAUAAUAAUAAUGUUUUGUGUAUAUUAGGUUAAAUAGUAUAAACAUUGUAAGUGCUAGAUUUACAUAAAUUGAUAGGUUAGGAUUGUGAAAGAAGGAUUAGAUGUUAAAAUUGUGAUUAUUCAAUUUGUUGUGAGCAAUUGCCAAAUAGGCCAAGAUAUUUCACAGCUGUGUUUGGUUAAGGUCCCCUUAACCAAUCUCCCAUAGUGUUGCAAUCUCCCAUAGUAUGUUUAAGUCUGUUGAUGAGUAGACUUGAAAUAAAAUGGAGAUCGGUGCUAGUUUUUGUCAUGUAAGGAGAAUUACACUUGAUAUUAGUGAGACCCCUUGCAUUACUUCAGAAGUGAAAGGGGGAUAGUCCUAAUUUUAUCACCAGUGCUGUGAUAAUUAUAAAGGAUGCUAUUUGGUUUAGGGCUUUUGUGAUUGUUCAUUGUCUGGAGUAUAUCAUAUUGUUGAUGAUAGCUACUAGGAUCUACUAGUAUUAGAGAUGCAGUUGCUUAUGUAAGGAAAUACUUUGGUGGUGGCUUCUGUGGAGCAGGCACUUUUUCAGUUAGAAUGGGGAUAAUGGCUAGCAUAUUUCUAACCUCAUUCAGAUUAGGAGCCAGUGUAAGUCCAUUAUUAUAAUCAGAGUCUCUGUGAAAAUAAUAUAAAGAGAAUAGUGAGGAGAUGUAGGGGAUGAAUUCGAAUAGGAAGGAUAUAAACUGACAUUUUCAAGGUAUGGGCUGGGUAGCUUAUUUAGCUUACCCUACUGUAGGAUAUGGUGUCCUAGGUACCAUGGAGAAUCUGGAAUUCUCAGGAGUGGGUUCAGUUCCUACAGUUCUAGUAAUAAGAGGGUUUAAACCUCUAUAAUUUAUUCUAUUAAAGUAACCAUUCUGUCAUACAUAUUUUUUAUGUUUGUGGUGGGAUACUAGAUAUUAGGAUGGGCAUUGAGAUAUACGCACAGGACUCAUGUCUGGGGUAAACAGUUUUUUCACAGAAGAUGCUUAAGUUGGGCAUUUGGUCGGUGGGGACCCACGCAGGUUCAACAUGCGUAUCGAGAAGUGUUAUUUCUGUUUGGGGCCCAUCUACCCUGGCCAUGGCAUUAUGUUCUUCUGCAACAAUUGCAAGGUGUUCAGAUUUUGUAAAUCUAAAUGUCAUAAAAACUUUAAAAAGAAGUGCAAUCCUCACAAGGUUAGGUGGACGAAAGCAUUCCAGAAAGCAACUAGUAAAGAGCUUACAGUGGACAAUUCAUUUGAAUUUGAAAAACAUAGAAAUGAACCUAUCAAAUAUCAGCAAGAGCUAUGGAAUAAAACUAUUGAUGCAAUGAAGAGAGUUGAAGAGAUCAAACAGAAAUGGCAAGCUAAAUUUAUAAUGAACGGAUUGAAGAAAAAUAAAGAGCUACAGAAAAUUCAGGAUUUCAGAGAAGUCAAGCAAAACAUCCAUCUUAUCCUAGCCCCUUUUGCAGGCAAAGAGAAGCAGUUGGAAGAGAAAAUGGUAUAGCAUUUACAACAGGAUGUGGACAUGGAAGGUGCUUCUUAAAAAUCUCUGUAACCAUUUCUUUAUGUACAUUUGAAAAAGCCCCUUGGAGAAUUAGAA